AUGGGACUCUAUUGCCGGAAUUUCUCAGCAUCUUUCUCAUCCUUGUGCCUCCUUUCUAUUAUUCAUUUCUUCUGCUUCAACUUGCCAGUAGCCUCUGCCAUCCACAGGAACAAUGACACAGAUCGACUCUCAUUGCUGGAAUUCAAGGCCACAAUAAGCAAUGACCCUCUUGGGGUGAUGAGCUUAUGGAAUAGCUCUCUUCACUUCUGCAGGUGGUAUGGCGUCACGUGUGGGCGCAGACACCAAAGAGUCACAAUGUUAGACCUAAACUCUCUUAAACUCUCAGGUUCCAUAUCACAACAUGUUGGUAAUUUGAGUUUCUUAAGGAAGUUGUCUCUUCAAAACAACAGCUUCACCCAUGAGAUCCCUCCUCAGAUUGGCUAUUUACGUAGACUGCAAGUUUUGUCUCUUUAUAACAAUUCAUUUGAUGGUCAAAUUCCUUCCUCCAUAUCUAACUGUUCAAACCUUGUUUUCUUUUAUUUGGAUAACAACAAUUUUGCAGGGAAAAUUCCUGCAGAGCUUGGCUCCUUAGUGAAGCUGAAAGCCAUUUAUUUACAGAGCAAUAAUUUCAUAGGGACUUUCCCGUCAUCUUUCGGGAACCUAUCGUCCCUUGAGGAACUUCCUGCUUAUAAAAAUCAUUUGCAUGGAAAUCUUCCUGAAACUUUUGGCCAAUUGAAGAGUCUAAGGGAUUUAGCAAUUUUUGGAAAUGGUUUCUCGGGUACCAUCCCUUCCUCCAUCUUCAAUCUUUCAUCGAUCAUAUAUUUAGACCUGGGAGUAAAUAACUUCCAUGGGAAACUUCCCUUGGACAUUGGAAACUCUCUUCCAAAUCUCCAAUUUUUUUCUAUUGCCGAAAACCAAUUCAGUGGUACCAUUCCAGCUUCCAUGUCUAACGCUUCAAAUCUUGAACUAUUUGAUCUGCCCCUAAAUAAUCUCGCUGGAGGAGUGCCUUCUCUUGCCAAGUUGCAUAGGCUUUCAGAAUUUGUGAUUAGUGGCAACAACUUAGGAAGUGGAAAAGCUGAUGACUUGAGAUUUCUUUCAACUUUAACUAACGCCACAGCUUUAAAAUUCCUAUUCAUAGACGCCAAUAACUUUGGAGGAGAACUUCCAGAAUACAUCGCCAACUUUUCAAAGGAGCUCCAAUUCUUUGGCGCAGAGCUCAAUCAAAUAUCUGGAAACAUCCCAGUUGGAAUACAGGCUCUUGUUAACUUGGAAAUGUUCCUUGUAGAUAGGAACAAACUUUCAGGUAAUAUUCCAUCAGGCAUUGGACAGCUCCAAAAUUUAAAAUUACUUUACCUUGGAAAUAAUAAGUUAUCAGGAUAUAUUCCAUCAUCUCUGGGAAACCUGACAAAUUUACUUGAAGUUGUUUUAUCUAACAAUUACCUCCAAGGCACCAUUCCUUCCGGUCUAGGCAAGUGCAAGAAAUUGCUCAGACUGGAUUUUUCUAUAAAUAAUCUCAGUGGUCCCAUUCCAUCGCAAGUUAUUGGAUUGUCCUCCUUGUCAAAAGUUCUUGAUUUGUCUUUGAAUAAUUUAUCUGGUUCUCUUCCAAAAGCAAUAGAAAAUUUGAAAAAUCUAGAAAUCCUUGCCCUUCAUGGGAACAUGUUAUCAGGAGAGCUUCCCAUGGUAGGAGUUUUCAAGAAUUCUAGUGCUACCUUUGUGGGAGGAAAUAAAAAUCUAUGUGGUGGCAUACUAGGUGUUGCCCUUUUGUUUAUCUGUUUGCUUCUUUGGCGUAAUUCAAAAAAGAGAAAAGGAGAAGCUGCGUCACUAUUUGAUGGGAAGUCACUAUUGAAGUUGUCUUAUCAAAGUUUGCUAAAAGCCACUAAUGGAUUCUCUCCAGAUAAUUUGAUUGGUGUUGGUAGUUUUGGAUCUGUGCCAAAAUCUGUAAAUAUUAUCCAAAGAUUGAAUAUUGCUAUUGAUGUUGCUUCUGCACUUGAGUAUCUUCACUAUCACUGUGGAACGCCAAUUGUUCACUGUGAUCUAAAACCAAGUAAUAUCCUUCUUGAUGAAGAAAUGGUCGGACAUGUAAGUGAUUUUGGGUUAGUGAAGUUUCUUACUAGUAGGAUGCUUUACUACUCAACAAAUCAUUCCAGUUCACUUGGCAUUAGAGGAACUAUUGGUUAUUGUCCUCCAGAGUACGGUGUGGGAAGUGAAGUAUCAAUGCAUGGUGAUGUAUUUAGUUUUGGCAUACUCUUAUUGGAGAUGUUCACGGGAAAGAGGCCGACUGAUGACAUGUUCAAAGAUAAUUUAAGUCUUCAUAAUUAUGUCAAAAGAGGUUUUCCAGAACAAGUGAAACAAGUAGUAGAUCCCAAGCUUUUUCAUAUGCAACUCGAUGCAGAUGCAACAUCAAAUCACAAUUUCAGGAAUAGGAGAAAUAACAUGUUGAUUGAAUGCUUGACUUCAAUAUUAGAAAUUGGAAUUUAUUGUUCUAUGGAAUCACCACAAGAGCGAAUGAAUAUUAGUGAUGUUAUUACUCAGCUCUCUUCUGUUAGAAGCAAACUUGUUGGAACUCGAUUCUAA